AAUCCCGCAAGAUCUUACUAAAGUAGACGGCGAUACAUCCGACGGAUGAGUGACCCAUCUGUCUUUGAAAGCGCAAUACAUUUUCUCUGCUGAAUUGUUCUAGGAGAAGUUUAUCUCAUCAGAGUGAAAAGUUAGAGCAGAGGAGCAGCGCUUCAUAUUGGCGAGACGCUAUUUUGGCAACGUGCUGUUUUGGAGAAAGGAGGGACGCUCACAAACCCAGCCCCAGGGGUAGCCAGUGGUGAUUCCUCCGACGAGCAAGCAUCAGGAUUCCUAAACAGAGGCAGGCCUUGGUCCUCCACUGCCCCUCCUAUGGCAAAGGCAGCCCAACACAGAGUACAAAAUAUGGGGGAUGUGCAGCUUGUGACUACAACGAGGAUCUCCAAGACCAGCUUGACAUUAGGCCGCGGUUCUCCAAGUCCGGAGUCUCCAACCUUCACUCUCCCACCCCGCAAUGCCCGGGUCUGCCCAGGAGAGACCGCACGCCUUGAUGGGAAGGUGAGAGGACACCCUGAGCCCCAGGUCAUGUGGUCCAGGAAUGGGAAAGCGGUGAUAGCUGGAGAUCGCUUCGCCAUGGAACAAAGUAGCCGUGGAACCUUCAGCCUGGUGGUCCACGGUAUCCAGGAGGAGGAUGCGGGACGUUACACGUGUGAGGCAGUCAACGAUGCCGGAAGUCGCCAGGUCACAGUGGAGAUCACUGUAGAAGGGAACACGGGGAAGAAAUACAGCCUCCCCCCCUCCAGUAGAACAGGCGGGCGGUUUGGAGUUCCAGCGGUGGAGAGCAGGCCCAGUAUUUGGGGGGAGAGCCCCCCCAAGUUUGUGACAAAACCCUCACGUAUUUUUGUCAGAAUGGGACAGACUGGCAAAUUCUCGGCCAAAAUCACAGGACGUCCACAGCCCCUGGUUACCUGGCUCAAAGGAGAUGAGGAGCUCCAUGCUUCUCCCCACUUCAACAUGUUUGAGAAGUCCGGAAUCCACUUCCUGGAGAUCCGAGACGUGUGUGUAGACGAUGCAGGAAUGUACACCUGCUCUGUAGCCAACAGUGCUGGGAAGGCCACGGCUACAGCGGAGUUGAUCGUUCAGGGUUCAGGCAGUGACUCGGGCAUCCUAAGUCCCUCGGCUCUGGUAGCACCUGUCCCAAAGACAACUGACUCACCUGAAGUCAAGCCCACAAGUAAUGGCCUGCUCGCAGACCAACGAUCCCCUGCCAAAACAGGAGAUGGGACGGAGACCAGGCUCACCACUCUCACCAGGGAGACCAAAGACAGCACAGAGAUCAAAACUCCAGCGUGGAAGACCAGCGCAGCAUCUCCCAAGACCACCGUCGUGACUUCUCACAAGCCUCCUGUGGACCUGCCAGACAAAUCCCCUAGAAAGCCUGGUGUCUCUCCCCCAGAGACUGCCAGCUCCACAACCCUGCAGCACCACCUGGGAGGCCAGGGCGCUGCAAGGACCAGCCCUCACCCCCAAAGCAGAGCCCCUGAGAGUGAUACAAGAGAUCUGUUGAAACCCCCCCCAAAGGGAGUCCCAGAGCCGUCUCCAGAGCCCACCAGAGAGACCAGAAGGCAGACCAGAGAGAGCCGGUCAGAGAGGGCAGCAGUGACUGCAAGAGCUCAACCCAAAUUUGACUCUGUACCUCAGAGCCAGGAUGCUACGGAGGGGACCCCAGUCACAUUCAAAUGCCAAGUCUCAGGUUCUCCUGUGCCUGGCCUGAGCUGGGUUAAAGAAGGCCUCCCUUUGAGACCCAGAGCAGGGCUGACCUUCCAGCAAGAUGGCAAUACACACAUCAUCACUCUGACCAACGUCCAGAAGAGGGACAGUGGAACUUAUGGAUGCACCAUGACCACCAGCACUGGGAAGGUUUCUUCUACUUGGAUCCUCGGUGUCAAGAAACCACGGCAGGAGGGCAAGCCCCCGGCAUUCAGCACAGUCCUGAAGGGAUGUUCAGUGAGUGAGGGCCAGGACUUCCUUCUGCAGUGCUCAGUGGAUGGAAAGCCUCGACCUGACCUCUCCUGGCUCCUAAACGACAAGCCCAUGCCGUACGCCCGCUCUUCCUUUGAGAAUGGCCUGGCCCAACUCGCAGUCCAGGGCGCCGUGCCAGAGGACGAGGGCCUGUAUACUUGUGUUGCUGAGAACAUCCAUGGGAGAGCCGUGUGCACUGCCAAAGUCAUCAUCAAAGCUAAGAAAAGUGCCAAGAGGACGGACCCUCCAAAUGCAGUCGACACCAAGAAGCCAUCGGCCCCUGUAUUUCUCAGAGGUCUGAAGGAUCUAAAAGUCAUGGACGGUAGCCAAGUCAUCAUGAAUGUGGAGGUGAUGGGGAAUCCUCAUCCAGAGAUUGUGUGGCUCCACAAUGGGAAGGAGAUCCAGGAGUCUGAGGACUUCCACUUUGAGCGGAAGGGGAACCAAUGCAGUCUGUUCAUCCAGGAAGUCUUCCCUGAGGACACUGGGAAGUACACCUGUGAGGCGUGGAACAAAGUAGGGGAGGUUCGCACAGAGGUCUCACUCACUGUACAAGAGCCCCAGGACGGAGUCCAGCCCUGGUUCAUCACAAAGCUCAAGCCCACCACCGCCUACCUGGGCCACAAUGUCCUGCUGUCCUGUGCCAUCGCUGGGGACCCCUUCCCUCAGUGGAGCUGGAUGAAGCAGGGCCAGGUGGUGACCGCUGACCUGGACUAUGAGAUACUGCAGAAGGAGGAUGUGGUGUCCCUGCUCAUUAGACGAGUCCGGUCCCACCACGCCGGGGACUACGAGAUCAGCCUGAGGAACAAAGUGGGUGACUGCAGUUGUGUUGCCACUCUGGUGGUCAGUGAUGGUGCAGUGGUGUCCAGUGGAGAGCACCAAACCCCUGAGCCUUGUCAGCGUGUGGGAGGAGUGGACGGGACAGUGCGAGGCAGAGCACCACCAAGCAGCAGCUCCAUUCCGCAGCAGGGGUCAGAAGAGCCAAGCACAGCCCGGGGACUCCUGAAGAGGCGCGUGGAGACCAAGGAGCACCGCGAGGACCAGAUCCGCCUGCAGGAGGCUGAGCAGCGUGACUUCCGCAAGGUGCUGGGCAAGAAAGUCACCACAAAGAGCGUCUCCGAGGAGGACCUGAAGGAGAUCACGGCGGAACAGAUGGACUUCAGGGGCCAGCUCCAACCCAGAGGGGGCAAGCCCAAGACACUGUCUGAAGAUGAGAGGAAGGUCAACGCUCCCACGCAGGUGGACUUUAGAGAUGUGCUGGGGAAAAAAGGGGGCACCACCGCCACCUCCCCGAAACCAGGUACCGCUCCUACUGAGAAAGGAGAGCCUACAGAUUUCAGAUCGGUUCUGGCCAACAAGAAGAAUCAGACGAGCUUGGAGAAGAAUGGGGAGAGCCCUGCUCCAGAAGCAGCAACACCGAAAGCCCCUGCUGCCACUGAGAAGGAGAAGAACGCUAUCAACUGCGUGGCAGGUGGGAUUAUUGAUGAGAGUAACAACAUUGGAAAGGAGCCUUUGUUCAGUCAGAAGCUGAGUGAUAUGAGCGUGGUGGACGGGGCUUGCCUGAGGCUACAUUGCCAAGUGACCUGUGACCCCCCAGCUACUAUUACCUGGACUCUAGACGGGAAGGUCAUCAAGCCCUCCAAGUUCAUCAAGCUGUCCAACGAAGGAGGCCAGUGCUCCCUGACCAUCGACAAGGCCCUGCCCGAGGACGAGGGCCAGUACAAGUGCCGGGUGGAGAACUCGGCCGGUAAAGCAGAGUGUUCCUGCAUGGUGCUGGUGGAUGAUCCUACAGACACAAACUCGACAGCAGCUGACAAGAAGAGCAAGAAGCCAUCCAUCCCUACCUCCGAGAUAUGUGCUCCGUCAGAGGCUAGCCUACAAACUGGACUGGUGUUUCAAACUUGUGGUGAGGCAAGGAUAAAGAAACCGAAUACAAAGACUCCUUCCAAACAGGCUAUACCACCACAGAUUGUUCAGUUCCCAGAUGACAUGAAGAUCCUGGCAGGAGAGAAGGUGGAAAUUCUCUGUAAGUUUGGAGGAGCUCCUCCAAUCAAAUGCACCUGGCUCAAGUUCCGCAAACCAAUCCAAGAGGUCAAAGGUGAUUUAACCAUUGAAACCACUGAGUCCAACAGUAAACUGACCAUCGCUGACAGCCAGCAGGAGCACUGUGGCUGCUACACCGUAGAGUUGCGAAACAACUACGGCGUGAGACAGGCUGCUCUCAACCUCACCGUUGUUGACAAACCUGAUCCCCCUGCCCGUGUUCCAGCCGCCUCAGACAUCCGCCGCUCCACCCUCACGCUGUCAUGGUACGGCCCCACCUACGACGGGGGCAGCGCGGUCCAGUCUUACAACCUAGAGAUAUGGAAUUCUGUGGACAACGAGUGGAAGGAUCUGGUCUCCUGCAACAGCACCUUCUAUAAUGUUCACAAUCUGCUGGGUCAACGCCAGUACAAGUUCAGGGUGCGGGCUGUCAAUAUCUACGGUAUCGGCGAGCCCAGUGCAGAGUCUGAGCCUGUCACAAUGCUAGAGGAGGAUGUAGAGGAAAAGGAGGAGGUUGAGGAUGAUGAAGACAAGGAGCCAGACUACAGAGACGUGACUGUUAGAACAGAUGUUAAAGUCAAGGAUCUGUACGACGUGGAAGAGCGCCUCGGAACGGGGAAAUUCGGACAAGUAUUUAAACUUUUGGAGAAGGCAACGAAAAAGCAUUGGGCUGGAAAGUUUAUCAAAGCCUACUCUGCCAAAGAGAAAGAUAAUGUGAGACAAGAGAUUGCUAUAAUGAACUCCCUCCAUCACCCCAAACUUGUCCAGUGCAUUGAUGCCUUCGAGGGCAAGUCGGACAUCGUCAUGGUUUUGGAAAUGAUCUCUGGUGGGGAACUGUUUGAGCGUAUCAUCGAUGAAGACUUUGAGCUGACGGAGAGAGAGGUCAUCAGGUACAUGCUGCAAAUCGUGGAUGGGGUCCAUUACAUCCACAAGCAGGGCAUAGUCCAUCUGGACCUGAAGCCUGAGAAUAUCAUGUGUGUCAACAAGACUGGGAGCACCAUCAAACUCAUCGACUUUGGCCUCGCACGCAGACUAGAAAACUCUGGAACAUUGAAAGUUCUUUUUGGAACCCCUGAGUUUGUGGCCCCAGAAGUGAUCAACUAUGAAGCAAUCAGUUACCCAACAGACAUGUGGAGUAUAGGCGUCAUCUGCUACAUUCUCGUGAGUGGCCUGUCGCCGUUCAUGGGGGACAACGACAACGAGACCCUGUCCAACGUGACCUCGGCCACCUGGGACUUUGAAGACGACGCCUUCGAUGAGAUCUCAGACCACGCCAAAGACUUCAUCACCAUGCUGCUGAAGAAAGAUAUGAAGGCCAGACUAACAUGUGAUCGCUGCUAUGAACACCCAUGGCUAAAACAAGACACGGGCAAAAUGGAGGCCAAGAAGCUGUCCAAGGAAAGGAUGAAGAAAUACAUCCUCAGAAGGAAAUGGCAGAAAACGGGACAUGCAGUGCGGGCCAUAGGAAGACUGUCGUCCAUGGCGAUGUUGGCGGGCGUCAGUGCCAAGAAGGGCUCCCCUACCGAAGAGGACAACCAGUUCCUUGAGUUCCUGGAGUCUGAGGAGAGAACCCAGGUCAAGCCCACCUUCAGCUCCAUGAUAAAGGAUGUUGAGGUGGUAGAGGGGAGCGCAGCCAGAUUUGACUGCAAGAUUGAGGGCUACCCUGAUCCAGAGGUGGUGUGGUACAAAGACGAACAGCCCAUCAAGGAGACGCGCCACUACCAGAUUGAUUACGACGAAGAGGGCAACUGCAGCCUGGUGAUCUCUGAGGUGAACGGCGACGACGAUGCCAAAUACACCGUCAAGGCUGUCAACAGUCUGGGCGAGGCCACAUGCACAGCCGAACUCCUGGUGGAGGUGAUGGCGGAGGAGGAGGAGGAGGAAGAAGAGGAAUGAGUGGUACAACCAGUACAAAACAAACCGAUAUCCCCUGUUUUUAGCUUUUACUAUAUUUUUUAAUAGCUGUGUUGGUAAUACACUCCCCUUCUCUGACACACUCUGAAAUGGGAGAGAGGGAAUGGGCUUCAUUACCUUUUGCUAUGAUUAUGCACUUUCCUACUUAUCAGUUAUAGUAGAUAUCAGAUGUUGAUAUUUCUAACAUUACCUUGACAUUAACCGCAUUCCAGCUGUUUGUGUGUGAUCCAUUUAUUUGAUUUGCUAAAUUUACAGUCUCUACGGUUAUCUACGGUUUUCUCCCCUCAACCAAACAAACCCGAAGUCAGUGGCGUGUUUGUGGGUUGUUCCACCAAUUCGGUGCCUUAUGAGAAGUGUAACUUGGUCAACAUUUUUUAUUUUAUUUCACCAAAUGUUAACUUUGUCAUAGAGUGCACAUGUUCAACUUAAUAACAAACACAUUUUCCUAAGUGUAUAAGUGCCAAAUAAUGUAACACGGUUGACAAUUUCAUCUUAUAUCGGCCAUGAAUCCCCUAGUGGGGGAAUGGAUGUUUGUGUGCAAGCUUCACAAAAACAUGUUUAAUUGUUAAAACAUUUCUAGCCUGUCUAUCUAUGCGUAACAGAGUUGAUGUGUUAUGGCUGACCCGCUCAGUUUUUUUCCACCACAGGAGUAGAAACCAGCUCCCCUGCUUUUACACUAUGAUUUGAUUGUUAGAUGUUGAAUGUUUCUUUUGAAAAGAAUAUUUAAACAUGUUAUAGUUUCACCAUUAUUUGAACGAGUUCAGUUCACGUAACAAGGUUGACCCUUAAAAUGAGGGACAGACUUAAAGGAGUCACGAAUCACAUUGCAUAAAGGAUCCUCUUCACAUUUGGCUUUGUCAAAGCGGCAAAAUAACUAAGGCUUUACAAUGAUGGUGAAAUGUUGGGGUUAAGUGGGUUCAAAUGUUCCUAGAAGUCAGAGGGUGCACAUCAAAAUGCAGAAUUUAGCCACUUUAUUAGCAAGUUAUUAUUUAUAUUAAAAGUCUGUGAUUUGAAUUGUCCAUGUGGUCUGUUAAAGGGCACUUCAUUUAAUAUAACAAGGGUCAAUUCAAUAUUGGUGACCAAUUUCUACUUAUAUAAAAAGGCAAUAAUUUUGUGGAAUGACCCUUGUUUUAUCAGCAUUAUGGUAUUUGCAAUUACUUGGGCUUUUAGAAUGUUUUUAAAUUAUUUAAGCACAGUCUUGUUAUCAUAUUUGAGCAUCAGUUUUGUGAUUUUCCCUGCAAGCACGUGUCCACCAUUGUUACACAUUUGCAAUACUAAACAGACCAGUGAAUUAUCACACACAGAUUUUUAUUUUGUAUUCAGUUGUGUGUAGAUUAUAUUUCUUCAAUUUUUAUAAAUGUAUCAGUAUGAGAGAUUACAUGUAAUGAGAACACUACAAGUGUAGUUGCUCACGGUUACAAAAUAAAUUAUCACAAAAUCAA